ACAAAGUUCGGGAACGAACAACAAAAUAAGACCAAGGAGACUGGCAACAUGAAGAAAGGCAGCAGUCAUUCAGGAAGAACCUCGCCUGGGUUAAAUGUAAAUAAAUUCAAAAUCCCAAAGAAACAGAAAGAGCUGCUGAAUGAAGUUGAAUUAGAUUCCAGUGAAUACCUCAGAGAGGUCCUGCCCAUUAUCCAGCAAGGGUACAGAGAUUCAUCUUCCAAGAAUAAGUUCAACUAUGAAAAAGUACAGCUUGUCCACAAUCCAGCAUUAAAGAAAGAGUUCAUAGAGAAGAAGAGAGAGAUGAAAGAUGCUGGCCGAAACGAAAAAGAGCUUAGCGAGAGUUAUGCGUUUCUCUGUGUAAACGCAGAUGAGAAGGCAAAACAACUAAGUGAAGAAUCUCUACAUGCUGGAACAAAAAGGAGAAAAAACAUGCACUGUUUAGGCAGUCCAAAGAUGGGUGUUCAUGUCUGUCGAUAUUCUGAUGUAUUACAUCGCAAUGGAGUGCCAAAUGAAGGGAAACUCAUACUAUUUAAGAUUCUGAAGGGUAAAGUGAAAGCUGUACCCCUUGUGUAUGGAGCUUCAGAGAUCUUGGAACCGACCCCUAACUAUGACUGCCAUGUGGCCAAGAACUCUGGGGAGGAUAUACCCAGCAGUGCCAUCCAUCGUCUCUUUGAUUCAUCAGAGCUCUUUAUCUAUGACUUUGAUGAAGAUGAAGUAGAGUUCCGGAAGAGACCGAGGAACGUUUGUCCAUUCGCCGUGGUACACUUCACCUACUCGGAUACCGGCAUUGCUUCAACAGCAUCAUCCUCCAGCAGUUUCAACAGAACUCCUGUAGCCUCUUCGAAUGAAUCCACGCCAACCAGAAACAUCUCUGUCCCUGACACCGUGGGUAUAGCUGUCGUAGCUCCGUGUUUCCCGAGAGAUGAAAUCUUUACCCAGAAGACGAUAAGUGAUGCAGACAGGCCAUUCAUUGAGAAAUAUAAUGAGUACUCUGAGAGGAGUUACAGAGUUUGGUCAGGUCAGCUUCUCAACAAGAAUGGCAACAGCUGCCGUGUGUCUCUCGUCUCAUUCGGGCUUUCCUUCAUGCCAUGCAAAAUGCCAGAAGCCUUGAAAGCAUUAAAAGCAGUGAGGAUAAGAGAAUUAAGACUACCAAACAAGGUCUUUACAGGAACUGUUCCAGUGCUUUCAAGAGUCAAAGAAGCCCAAGCGAACGGCAAGUACUACUGGUAUGCUGAGCUACACUCACUGAGUCUAGAUGAUGCAGUAUAUUCAAGAUUUCUGAAUUACCUCUCAGAAAAAGAAUUGGUACUGAAGAAGGAUCUAGGGGACAGAGUGCUCCUAUACAUCCUGCCGACUGGCAGGACGACUCAAAAUCUAGGACUGACCUCAACCUCACAUCCUAAAAUCAUGCAUUGCCUUGUCGAAUCAUGUGUGCCGAUGGUCAGUCACCUUACAGAUAUUACUGUGAAGCAACCAAGACAUCAAGUAAAGCCAAACCUGGAAUCCGCUCCAAUUCAUGAUAUUGACAAGGACCACCUGAAGCGGCUGAGGUUUCAGUCAUCCCUCGCCAAGCUCUUCUAUGAGCAGAACAAAGAACUGAAGAGCAUUGGUGUCAAAGGAGACAAAGAGGAGUGCCCUGUGCCUGUAGCUUUACCCAGGCAGCCAUCCUUUGAACAAUCUGUAGAACAAUCCUCAGUAGAACCAGAAGAUGACGAUGAGGUGGAGAAAGUUUCAGUAAUGUCUCCAGCGAGUCCUGAUGAGCAAGUGGAUGAAAAUUUGAAUGUGUUCAUGCCCAGGACACAGCAGAUGGACAGUCUGCAAAGCAACCAAAGAACAGCAUUACAUUCAAAGCCUUCAGCAUCACCCAUAGAUAAACGUCCUUCCACCGAUAGACAAGACUGGAAAAACUUAACUGAUAGGAAUAGAGAUCAACUUGGCAAUAAGCAAUCUUGGGAUCAUUCCCAUCCGAAACCUAUUCACCCAAAAGACCAAAGGAGACAUUCGGUUGAAACCAAAGAGAUCCAUGCCAAGCGAGACCCACCUGAAAAUCAUAAACAAUUGCAACUUGGUGAAGUGCCAAAUGCCCAUGUGGGUAGACAAAGCCCGAGCCAUCAUUUACACAGUUCCCGUCCAUCAGAACAUUAUCAAACGGGACACCAGCCGCACCAGCAACAACCCAUUCAGACGGAGCAUCAAACUGUUAUCCCAGAAAAUCAAGUCGGUCAUCCGCCCCAUGGGCACUGGUCAAGUAAAGAAUGGGGUCCUCCUAAAGGACCUCCAAGGGGAAUGGAAUCCAGUUCCAAAAGGCCUCCACAGUUGCCUCAUCACCAGCAAAGGCAUCCAUCUAACCCUUCAAGUAAUCAACAGUACAAACGUCAGUCAAGCAGUGAUUGGACAAGCCAACAGCCAAAUGCUAAGCAUAGACCAUCUCAGGACAGGAGACUGCCAGAAGCUGCCAAGCCUGAUCUGCCCCCACAGAUCAAAGAAGUAGCGUCCAAGGUCCACAGCAUGCUGACCGGUGGUAUAGACCUGGCUCUCCGAGGGGCAUCUGGGGACACCAACGUCCCAAAGGUCCGGCAAGAGACCGACGAUGAGAAGAUCGCGAGGAUGAGGGCCACUCUGCAAGCCUUGGUGGAGGAAAGGGAGAGAUUAGCAAAGAACAAUUCAGAUAAGAAUUCUGCAAAUCCUCCCACAUCAGUGACACCCAAGGGCAAUCAGGUCUUGUGCAGCUCUUCAGCCACCUUGGACACUACCUCGGAACCUAAAGCACAUUCUACAGAAAGCCACAAGGAGAGCACAGUAGAGAAACCAAAAGAGUGCAAAGUUGUAGAGAAAUCCGGGGAAAGUGCAUUACCUAAGGGAAAUGGCAAUGAUACAGAUAUGAAGAUGAAAGGAAGAGUAGACAUAGACAAAGAAAAUACAACAAAUUCGGUGGAGAGUGAUGGGGGGAAGGAUUCCCAGAAAAAAGCAAAGCAAGAAAAGGUGAAAGAGAAGGAUAGUGUGAAGAGAAAACCUGAGGAGAUUGAAGAAGAACCUGCUAGAAAGAAAAUUAAGGUUGAUGAUGUGCCUACCGCAGGAGCGGAGACGAAAAGCAGUGUUCCGACGCAGGAUGUUCCUGUUUUGCCAAAGGAUCAUCCUGCUGUGCCAAAGAACAAUCUGCAAAAGAAUGUUGAAAUAGGUGAGGGUAAAACAGCAAGUAAACCUAUAGGGGGAACUGAUCAACAACCGAAGGAACCACCAAGUCAAGAACCAAUCUCUGCGACGACUCCUCUUGCCAAUCCAGUGAAAACAGUACCAGCAACCAAACCGCAGAAAGAUCAAAAGAAGCUGCAGACUCGUGAGAGGAAACCAAAGAGCACUGUCGAGGACAAGGGCAAGAUGUCCAAGAAGGAGACAUCGGACAUUCCAAGUAAGGUACCUAAGGAGAUCACCAGUGCUUCUCAGAUGAGGGAGUACCUUGAGAGGAAGCAUGGUACUAAUAAGAAGGGCCCUGAGGAACCUAUCUCAAGUGCUUCUGAGAUGAAGAUGUUCUUGGAGAACCCAGACAAGGUAUCAACCAAGAUGAAGAGAAUCAAUAGUGCCUCUGAGAUGUGUCAGUUCUUGAACCAGCCUUUAAUCAAGAACCAAAAUAAAGGUCGGUCAACAGCGGACAAUGCCCGCUUGUGCCGCGAGCUUGAAGGCAAAUCUCGAGACGACCUUCUUAAGAACCAUGAUGGUGAAUUUACGAAUAGCCAUCUACAGAACUUCCUCAGCACCGGACAUCAGAUCACCUGGAGCCUAUCCCAGGGUCUACGGGUCACCGUUGAGAGGGAUAUGGCUGGAGCACUGCAUCUAGACCCGCCUCCCCCUGGGACUCCGACCGAAGUGAUGACUGAAGUCGAUGCCUGUAACUCUGGCAUCAUGGCGGUGUGCCAUAGCUCCCAGCGGUCAAUGAAUGGGAUGGAACCAGACACCAGUACCAAAGAGGGACUUGCCUACCAGAUCCGUCAAGUGAUUCAUCACAGUAGACCGGUCAAGAAACUUGAACCAAGAAAGGUGAAGGCAGUCCAGAAGGGUGAAGACGGGAAGAGAAAGAACUCGACCCGGAAUUCAACAGAGAGUCGAGAUUCAUUGAGAUCGGAGAGUCCGGCAUAUAUACCCGAUGGAAAGAAGAAAGAUAACAGUAAGCCCACAUCAAAGAAGCAAUCACAAAAUCUAAGGCCCACCUUCCCAGUAAAAAACAAUUCUACGAAUAAAGCGGAGACCCCAGCAGGCCAUGCCAUCGGAAGUAAAGAUUUCUCCCUCCUACAAUCGCCCAGGAAAAGCCUCAUAUUGAAAAUCAAAAAAAUUAAGAAAGUGUAUACAGCAAUCCCAAGCUCAGAAGAAGAGAUAGAGAAAGAGAAAGCUAUGACUCCUGCCAGACAAGACUUAGGUUCAACCAAAGGUCUCUCUCAAAGAAAGAAGGACAAUGCUUCAACAGGAAUGGGUAAACCACCUGGUCCACAUGUCUCGGCGAAAUCUCGUGCGGAUGGAGACAAAGUCGUACACCAAGCAAAAGAUGUCUCGGCAGUAAACUCCAUCAUAGGGGUGCCGCCUGCUAUAGAUGUGACAGAGUCUGUGAGAGAUGUGGUGAAAUGUCUCUCCACAGAUGAGAUCAGACAACUAAUUGGGGUGUACGAUGAGUUAUUCAACAGAAGACCUGAUGUCAAGGAGAUCCAGCCAGUUCAGAUGGACAGCAAAGAUAGUCCUGAUGCCAUUCAGCAGUCUACCGUACAUCCUUGGGCUGCUGGAGACACCGGGCAGUCAGGAUUGCAGAGAGCAGACCAGGAUGUUGGAGCCAACAAAAGGAUGACCACUAUCGCUCCUGAAGAAUCUGUAUCGGAGAAAAGCAGUGAUAUGAAAGACCAUCUCUCUGAUUUAGCGAGUCCAAGUCAUGAUGAGGUGAAGGCGAAAUGCCCAAAAGAUCAUGUUCAGGAGCUGGAAAAAGACCACACCCUUGAAUGGGAUAUAGAGGAAGAAGAUAUCAUCACUGACAUAAGGCAACCGGGAGAACACGUUCUCCUGGGGCAGGACCUUCCUUUCCUGAAGAAGAUGAAAACAGGAUGUCCUGGUGAUGAUGUCCACCCAUUGACAGAAGACUAUCAUCAAGAACCCCUGACUUCUCCUGUCUUAGACAUCAAUGAAAAUGAAAAACCUGAUGAUGAUAUUAAGCUAGCAGAAGAUGAGGAUACUCAGGAUACGUUGCCUUACCCUCUUGAUCCAGUACUGAAAGGUGCGAAUGAGACUGAUGAAGGCACUGCAAGUUCCACCGAUGGUAAAGUACUGAUGAAUGAAGCUUGUAUUCACUUGUAUGACUCAGACAGAUGGAGUGAGUUAGAUGAGGAAAUACAAACGGAUGCUUCUCAAGGGAAUGCUUCCCAGGAAGAUUCAAUGCAACCGAGCAAAGCGCAACCUGUUAAUGCAGGAACCGAUCGUCUGAAAAAGACAGUCAACCCUGUCGUAGAUGCAGGUGAUACUGCUCUCCCUUUGAUGUCUCAUACAGAUGUGCUUUCUAUACUCAUAAGGGAAUGUGAAAAUAAAACGCCCAUCAGGCAGAAAACAGACAAAGAGCAUUUGGAAGGCACCAAAGGUUUAUCCGUCUUUGAACGUCUUUCGACAUAUCAAUCGAGUGCAAGGAAUGUAGUUAAAGGUGAAGGAGAGAUAUCAGAUCCCUCUGUGAUGUCUUCAGAAGCCAGCAGAUAUCCAGAGGAGUGUGGAGAUAAAUUGAAAAGAAAUGAGAGCCCUGAGCCCUCUAGCAGUCUCCCUGUACCAGCAGAUGCUUCACAAAGGACCACAUUUAGUAUUGGAGACAAGGGUGGGAAGAAAGAGAAGUGCUCCAAGGUAUCUGUUUUUGACCGCCUCACUUCAAAACAGGUGGAUGAGCAGCUCCCAAAGAAGAAGGUUUCUGUAUUUGAUCGCCUUUUUGUACCAAAGCCAAAUAAAUCAGAGCCAGCCCAGUCAGAACUCGGCAAAUCAGAUAGGGUCUCUGCAUUUGAUAGGCUCUCUACAAGGAAGGUAACAAAGGCAUCCCCACAGAAGAAACAAAAGGGAGAUUCAACAAGUUCUUUUUUAUCAAAGGGUAAAAAGGAGAAAACGACUGCCAAACCAACAUUGCCAAGCAAGGUAAUCAAGGUCGAUUCUGGUAAAGCGACAACUGCUGUUUCAAGCAAGGUAGUCGCUGUCAAAUCUAAGAAAACUGAUGAAGUGAUACAAAAGGAAAAACAGAAUCCAGAAAAGGAUAUGCUGAAGGCUAAUAGUAAGAAGAGAGAGCACCCAAAAGAAGAUAUCCCAGCAAGUAAAAAGUACAAGUUGGCCACGAAAGAUCAGGGAGUGAAGAAAGAUAAAUACAUGGAAAAAUCAAAAGAAAAUGUCACAGUUAAAACAGACAAGUCAAAGGAAAGUAUCACAGUUAAGAAAGAGAACAAGGUUCUGAAGAAGGACUUGGUGAAAAGACCAGUAUCAAAGAAUGACCCAUCAAGGGAGACUUUUGUUGUAAGCAACAAGAGCAAACAGACCUCUGAAAGACUUGGGAAGAAAGAAGAGAAAGACUUAGAAUUCCAGAGGAGCAGGGAUACUUCAAACAAGAAGUCCAAUAUUGUUCCUCAAAAUCAAUCAAGGAUGGAUAAGAAUAAUAAAGAUAAAAGAUCAGUCAAAACCUCAGACCAACGGUCAGACAAAAGGCCUAUUAGCAGAACAAAAGAAGAAAGCCGAAUCAGAGAAGAAAGAAACCGUGACUCCAAAGAUAGGGAUUCUGAUCAAAGUUCUGUUAGUACAAAGGAAGACAGUGACUCCAUUCGUCAGAACAUUCUUAGAAGAGCCAAAGGACCUACAUCUGACUUUUCAAAAUAUGUUGUCUCUGGUCGAUACAGAAAGUUGGAUAGAAAGUCCCCAAGUCGCUCAGAAACUCCAACAAAUAGUCUUACAGACAAUGCAGGAUUUGAGCCGGAUCAUGAUAUGACUGGAGAAAGAAAAGUAGUUGAUAGAUAUCGAGGGGAAGGACUAUCAAAGUGUUUUAGUGAAACUCACAAAGUUGAAAUUAAAAAUGUUGAUGAGACCCAACAAUAUUCUCUUCAACCAUCAUAUCCCAUUGUAGACCAAAUUCCAAAAGCCACUGAUCUCUCACAGGUGAAUGAACAACAAAUACACACUAUUUCUGUAAUAGGGGGGUCCACUUUAAACUCAAUGCGCCCAUUCUGUGAAGCAAAUGAAGAUAGCGAUUCAAUGACAACCAGCCUUCCUGAUGAUUUACCGCUUGAUAGGAUCUCGGUUGUAGGGAACAGGGAAAAUGAUGGAUAUCUUAGGCAAGUAAAGGUUGAGUCUUAUGGUUCAGCCUCGCCUGAGACACCAACCAUCCUUUCUCCAGACACAAAGAGAGAGGUUGAGCAGGUGCUUAAAGCGUCAAUAGAUUCACUUACAAAUGAAUACCGUCCAGAAAGUCCAACAGAUAGUAUAAGGUCUGUGCAGAGUGGUCACCAAGACCAAUUCUCUGAAAUCAGUAAUAUCCCUCCGACAACAUCAAGUUAUAGUGAUAUUAGCUGUACAUUAACACAAAGCACUUCUGCGUUCACACAAAGCACUUACAACAGAGAUGAACCUUCUGAAGACCGUGACAACUCCCGGAAGGUGAAGGCUAGCCUCAAAGCACCUUCAUCAAGGCAAGUUGUCCACGGGAACCGCUUUCAUCCGUAUGACAAGAGAUUGAAGUCCUUCCAGGGUCACUGCCACUCCAUCCGUGAACCAGAAACAACAGAGCUGACAGACAACUUCUGCAAAGAAGAGUACCGCUUGAGGAAGCUCCGGGCUGCCGCCAGAGCGACCUCGCAGGACGAGUUCUUUGAUCAGGCCAGGCGGUCUCCGUCCCGCUUUGUAUCACUGCAUGAUAUGAGUCAUGAUGAAGGUGUCAUCCUGAAGGCAGAGGAGGUAGAGGUGACGCAUUCUCGGGAAAGUGCAGGAGACACAUCAGUUGGCCAGAAAGGAGAUCAGCUGCAGAUCCUGGAUCGGCAGAUCGAGGCUCUGACAGCGGCUGGCAGUGAUAUCCAGGAUUUCUUUAUCCUUGAUGCGAAUGUAUACCCUAUCAAGAAUGGCGAUGACAGUGCUUUGUCUGGUGUCCCUGCAAGAGUGAGGGCAAGGAGAGGACGUGGUCGGCAUCCACCGAGGCAGCAGGGCCCCCCUCAUCCAUACCAGAUACGCAUGCACCAAGAUGAUGGUUACAGAGGUCACCCUCAGGACAGGUGGAAUGGACCUGCUGACAGGUUCUGGAAUGGACCGAGCCAGAGAAGCUUUGACAGGCCAUUGGAUAGACCACCUGAUUACCCCCCUCCAAGCAGGUUCCAUUACAGGAAAGGUUACUGACCUAGGUCUUUGAAAGAACUACUGGUUGGAUUAUGUUCUGCCCGGUUCAAUACAGGGUACCCAAGCUUAUAACUGUGAGAUUGGUUUGCCAGGUAACCAUUGUAAGCAGGUUUCAUAACAGGAAGGCUACUGAGGUGUGUUGUCUUCACAAGGGAUUACCAGUUUUGUCACUUACCAUCCAAUUUAAGAGAGCUGACUAGGAACCUAUCCUCAAGGGUAGCUUGGGCCUUCCAGCUUUGUCUUCCAGAUACCCAAUCUCCAAACUGGUUCCAUUACAGUAAAGGUUUUUGAAGGGACUUCUGGUUACGUUGAAUACCACCUGAUCUUAAAGAGCAACAUCCAGGAAACUCAGCCUCAAGAUUGGUAUCAUAGUAGCUUGGAGCUCCAGGGUUUGUCAUCAAGAAAACCCACUCUAAACAAGUUCCAUUGCAGGAAAGGUUUCCUAUGUAUGGAGGGGACUGUUGAUUGUGUUAAAUACCAGCCAAUAUCAUUGACAGCGUACAAGGAACACAGCUUGAAGAGCCGAAUUCUAGAAUCUUGGAUUGGUAGGACUUAUCAUCCGCAGGAUUUACCACAGAUUGCAGAUUGAUUUCCAUUGUUGGAAACACUGCUGAUAAAUCCUGACUUACACAAGUUAGCACUGUUCCUCAUUGUAUUCCUGAUUUGGACGAUGAAUGAAUGACUUUGAACAACUUGACCAGCUUCAGACAUAUCACUCUACUUAUAAAUGUAAACAGGUUUCAGUCUCUCUGAAUAUGUAGC